UUCAUUUAAGACGUGGAAGACGCUUUUGUUCCACCGCAUGAAUUAACGGACUUGGUCCCUCAUCCAAAAUGUCGCAAGCUCUCCCAUCAUACUGGCAUUUUAUCUCAUACAGAAGCACGCAGAUUGCAUCUGUCAAAUGUCUCGUUGACUACGUUCAGAAAGCUAGCAAAAGCCAGUGCCAGAAUGGAAGCAUAAUAGCUUUGGACUUUGACUCCACCUCGGGUGCCUCGACGGCUGCAAAGACUAUAAAAGAGGCUGACCUAUCUACCUUUCUGACGAACCCAAACAGAUCAGGAGGAAGAAUAUUGGUGGUUCAAGAUGUCAACCACAAUCUGAUCAACGUCCUGGGGGCAUUGCUAGACAUUGAUCCACUGUUCUUUGCCGGUCACGUCGGAACCGAUUUUCCAAACCUCGAAGAUGCGCCGCCAGGCCCUGCAUAUUCACUCACUCCUGUUCGAAUUGCCGAGGCUGGCUUUCUACAUCUGCACUACCAACAGGUGCUGACUAUGACGGACACGAAUUUUGAGGACGGGUUGCAAAGGUCGCCGUACUCGGUUGUUACCACAGGAAAUAUACCACGCAAUAUACGAAGGCUCCCAUCUUUGUCAGGCAAACAGUUGUGCCUGGCCAGGGGGUGUCUUUCUUUAGUGGUCAAGCAGCUAGGAAGCGCGUGGAUUUGCCUGGUCUUGAUUGAUCCUCCUAUCAAAUCCGCGAAAUCAAAAGCAGGCAUGGUUACUCAAUACAAGUUUGAGCCUCUGCACGCUAGCAACGAAUCUUUUCAACCGCCAGAGCCCUUCUCAUCCUUCCAAGAAGCCCGUGUUAGACCUUCCCACCCACAAUAUACGAAACAGUCGAUGCUGGAGCGGCUCAUUCAUUAUUACACAACUUGCCCGCCAGCAAAUGACAUCUUGAACCUCGCGUACUUCCCUACCCGGAUGGUCAUGUCAGAAUGGCAACUCUACACCAAGCUAGCAAGCCGCUUCCUCAAACACUACGAGUACAACCUCCAAGACCUGUCCCGGCGUCUACACAACGACGACAUCGUCGACCUGCAGCGCUGGCGUCGUCGAUGCCAGCAGAGCAAACACAAGCUCAAAAUCAUUGCCGAGUUCGCAGACUACCACACUCCACCGGAACAAGACAAGCACUCCCCUUGGAAUAUGAUACUCAAGGACAUUGAACACGUGCAAUCCGAACUGCAAGACUUUGCCCAGUCCCUCGAGCAGAUGAUACCCGUGGCGACUUCCAUGGUACAGAUCCUGGAUGCAAGGUACUCGGUCGUCCACGCGGCCAACUCGACACGAUUGGCCUACGUCGCCCUCAUAUUCGUGCCGCUGUCGUGGGUUGCGAGCCUGUUCAGCAUGUCCGAAGGCUACGGGCCCGGUGGAGAGCUUUUUUGGAUGUAUUUUGCCAUCGCGGUGCCGUUGGUGCUGGUGACGCUGAUGGUGUCGACAGGGAUAUCAUGGAUGGCGAGUGGUCGAAGAUAAGGGGCACGGUGCAGCAAGUCGAACAGGUAAAAAAAAAUGAGAGGGAAGGUUGCUUAAAUUGGGGAGAGGAAUCCAAUGCUAUUUCAGGAGGUCAACUCUUGAGAAUGUGUUGUCGGAUGGGUUCGGUAGGGCGUUUCUUUUCCGGUUGUGGCACAGCCAUCACGUUCCCGGCUUGUGUUUGCUUGCUUUGCUUAUGACGGAUUGACUGGGGGAUGCGUUUCUUUGGCAGUCCAGGCCCAUGAUAGAAUUGGAAAUCAACUUUGGAUUCCAAAUGACUGCAAAAAGUGACAAAGAGGGAGCACUAAGACAUGCCAGACCAUAUGAUAGCCCCUUUCUUUUCGCAGCUGGACCUCAAAGAAUGAUCUAGCAAGAUGUAGAUGACAGGAAAAGAAAUUUCUAAUUACUCGUACAAAUCACCAGGUAGACGGAAAUGUCUUUCACGGUCACGAACAGUGGGCUACUGCUCAGAGACAUUUUCUGCUCUAGGCUCAUCAAUGGGCUGGGCGGGUGUCGUGCCUACGUCAACGAGAUGCAAGGUUCCCUGGCAGGACUUUUUCACAAAUAUUGACGCAAGAGACAGUGUCUACCGGUACUGCACCCGGGAGAACCCUGCACCCUGGUCAAGUUCGAGAAGGGUCUCUUCAGCCACGUUGGUUUUUUUUUGUUGUUUGGUGUGGUGUCUUAGCAAAGACAUCAUGAACUCUAGGACGGCCCGGGUUUCAACAAGUACUUACCUUGCCCGCCUCGUAAUGGUGGGUAGAACUAUCUUUCAUCUUUUGGCACGCCGUCCAUAUUUGCUUUCUCUUUUUUUUUUCUAGGUUGCUUUUCUUCGGUCCGUUUCCAAGGACGAACAAAAAGAGCCCAAUCUGUCCCGCGUCUUUUUUUUUUUGGUGGCGUGCAACAAACCCCAUUUUUUGAUGGUUUUUCUUUUGUUAUUGUCCCCCAGCCGCCAGCGCAUCCACAGCAACUUAAACCUCCUGCCAAGCACAUUUUUUUUUCUUGUUUGUUCUGAAUUUCGUGUCGACCUGGAAGAGGGAGGUUGGCAAAAGUCGAGCGACAAAGAGAAAAAAGAGUGCGUUCCUUCUCGAUGGCGGGCCCCCAAAGGCCAUGGCGAACCGCACCUGCUACAAGCAACAGCGGCCAAGGUCGGCAUUCCUACCCGACCCGGCCGAUGUCGACACCUCUGGUUGGAUUAGGGCCACCUCUGGAUAUGCUGGACUGAUUGCUCUGUCGAGAACCAAUUCGGAAUCUACUCAUGUGUCAGCAUCACAUCCGGCCGCAAGAAUGCAGCAGCAGCACCUUUCGUCUCGUCCUGCCGUCCAACGCAGGCCGCACACUUCUGGGGACAGCGACCGCAUGAACAAUCCGUCGCCUGACAUAGAGAUAUGUCCCUCGGUGGCGAUGCUUGACUUUGCGACCUAUGCCGAGUCGAUAUCUGGCUCACGGGUGCCGCCAAGACAGCAAGCAGCUUUGAAUGCAAACGAUGCAAGUGGCGGCGUCUCGAGGCCUCCUGUCACCUUGCAGCACCCCUGCGACUGGGCAGACUGGAUGAACGAAAACAGCAACAAGGCGUAUCACGGAAAAGGUACACCUGGCAGCGGCUCCAAGUUCAAGAAGUUUUGGCGCAGGCUCUCCAAUGGCCGAAGCCCAAGCCCAAUCCAGUCCAACCGACGCAGGGCGACAUCGGCACACUACCGCAGCACAACUCACCCGCGUGACGGCAGCAACCAGCGGCAGUCCACUAACGGAUUGCAGCUGCCAAUACGUGCAAGCGACCCAUUUCCAGAAGUAAAGGACCCGGCUUUUUACCCAAGCGAGCGCCAACCGCGGCGUCUGGUCAAGAAGAGCCGUCCGGCAUCCUCACCAGCACCGGCAGCAACGCUCCAAAAGAAGCCACCACUCCAAGAACCGGCCAUCGUGACACGCUGCUACGCCGGACCAUCAGGCGUCCCAACUCUCCCACCACCUAUACCUCCACACCUCCCGCCACCAUCCAUGGCCGAGCUGCCGGGUUCACACCGGAUGCAAGGGUCGGGGCCUAUUCUGGUAGCCAAGGCCGAGCCGCCAGCACGGCCAGAGCCGGGAUCGAAGCAUGAGUUGCCUGCCGACUUUUACCCUCUCGAGAAAAUUGGGCGUGAGUUGGCGACGGCGCGGUACAGGCUCAGCAUGUGCUGCGACUGCGGGACGUCUCCUCUCCGACAGGGCCAGCCGACAUGCGACUGGUGCGGCGAGACGCGGAGGAGGAUGUUGGUGGCGGCCCCUUCGGACACGUCGUCUAUGUCAGUGUUUCGGCCGUCAUCUGUCUAUGGGACCAUGUCGCCGUACGACCAUGACGAUGACGAUGUCACUACCAUACUUACGCAGACGGCGUCCGAGGUCGUGGAAGAGAGGAGAUCCAGUCGAGUGCCGGCGCAACUACAACCGUUGCCGCCAAUCAGACGGAGUUGUGAGCCGGGUCAUCCACAGCAAUACCAGAGUCAGUUUCAACAGUACAAGCAGUUGUAUGAAGACCAAAAUCAACAAAAGCAGCAGCCCCAGAACCAAGCACCAAAAACACCACCACAAAGGCACAGCCAAAUACAACCACCACCAAAGAAACAGCACCCGACCCAAGUGAAAACACAACCAAAGCAAGAGUAUUCGAGCCAGCCGCAGCUCCAACCUAGCCAGCAGUAUCCGAGCGAGCUGCAGUCCCGACCUAAGCAGCAGUAUGAGAGUCAACCACCACCGCCGGCACCCUUAGCACCACCAGCACCACCGCCGCAACACCAACAGCAGAUGCAAGUAUAUCCGACCCAAGUACAACCACAACCUAAUCACCAGUACCAGACCCAAUUACAGCCUCAGCCAAAGCAGCAGUUCGACAGCCAGCCACCACCACCGGCGGUACCAGCAGCACCACAACAACAGCAACACAGGCAACAGUACCUGAACCAAGUGCAUCCUCAAAACAGGCAGCCGUACCCUAGCCAACUCCAACUGAAGCAACAGUACCAGCAGACACAACGCCAGUAUGCGCAGGAAUACCAGAACCGACACGAGCAGCAAAUUCAACAGCAGCUGCAACAGCAACUGGAACAGCAGUUACAACGGCAUCUACAGCAGCAAAAUCCAUAUAAUCAGGAGUACCAGGUUACAUAUUGUCCUCAGUGUAGAGGGCCCAAGGAAUCCCCAAGGCUACACCUGUGCGAUCACUGUUACACGGCAAGCUUACAUCAUUGGGCGGCGCAGAGGAGGUGGUGAGACGCGAGGUUUCUGGGAAUAAUGUUUUGGGUUUAGACUGACAUCAUCGUGAUGAUCACCAUUAUUUUCUUUUUUUUUGGAACGGCUGGGUUUUUGGGUUUUUUAAACUUUUUACUUAUUCUUUUUUAUUUCUUACAAACAAGACAUUCUUUUCUUCUUCGUCUACUUUGUCUUAAAGGUCUACAUGCAUCCCACAGAAAGAGGUGGGCUGGUGAUUUGGAGAGGCGUUUUUGACUUUAAAACCCGCAUGAACUGCAUUGAGGUAAUGGUGAAACAAGGCCAUGAGACCGACUGGUGUUAUUUUUAUUUUAUUUUUAUUUAUUUAUUUGGUUUC